AUGGUCUUAAAAAAUCUCAUCAUUGCAAGCUUGUUAAAAACCUCCUCCUCCUUCUCCUUCUCCUCCUCCUGCUCCACUCUUGCAACGACGGCCGCUCAGGCGACCAUCUCGCGCAUCACCAAUCCUGACAUUACUUCCGACACCACCCCCACUACCUUCGAAUCCAGAGAUGGGGAUCAGGACUAUACCUGCCCUCACUGCGACCGCACGUUCACUUCACACAUUGGCCUCGUCGGCCACUUGCGAAUCCAUCGCACAGAGACCGGCGAACCAGUGCCUGGAGCACCAACCUACACCCACCGCACUCGCCUCCACUGCCCACACUGCCCUCGCACCGUCACGCAUCCCAAGGGGCUAUUCGGCAACAUGCACAUCCACGAGAGCGAAAUUGACCACAAUUCUGACAUCCACUACAUCCAACACAUCCAUCAUGCCCGGCUCCACCGUCCUCCCAUCGCCCGCGCACAUCAUCACCACCGGCGCCACCGCCGCCACCAGCACCAGUACGAGCACCACCACCACCGCCAUCACCACCACCACCACACCGCCUCAUCUGCAGCUGACAUCGACACCGUCGACCU